GUUCAGGGGCUCUUUUUUUUCAUCUGCCAUUUGAGCUUGGUAAACCAUUAUUUUCAGCCUCCUAAUGAGAUACACAAACUAAAAUCUUUACAUGUGUAAGCUGUCUAUGGUGAAAUAGUUAUUAAAUCACGUAAUACAUGUUUUAGUUAAAAAUGGUGUAGUUUUACUUGCUCCCCAUUUUAGUUUCUUUAUUGACAAAGGGUUUUGGUAAACCCAUUUGAGGUUUUCCCAGUCUGGAUCCCACUUCCACUAGCCUGACAAAUUGAUACUGCUUUCCCAGAUAUACAGUACAAGGAAAUCAUGUUAUGACUAGAUCUUACAAGGGAAAGUCUUUUUUGACAUGCUUUCUUCAAUUCCCAAAAUGGGAUAGGGCAGCUUUUGCACAGAUAGCAGUUGUAUAAACUAAAAUACAAAAACUUCCUGGAUGUUUAAAGGCUGUUAAUCAUGGGACUUAUUCUGUUCACAUAUGCAUUCAAAGUUGCACAUUAAAGUAUUUAAUUUUCAAGCUUUCUUUUGUACAGACGGGUUAUUCCAAAUUGCCUUUAGUGCACACAACUACCUCCCAGAGGAAGACUUGUCCCAUUCUUCCAAAUAUAGUCCAUUAUGAACAUAGUGGAGAACAGCCCUUUCUUGGCUAGCAUCAUGAAGCGGAGUGCUGUGUGUGGUGAGCUGAAAUAUGACUUAACUUGUGAACUCUACAGAAUGUCAACAUUUUCUACUUUCCCCAUUAAUGUGCCGGUGUCAGAACGGAGUCUUGCCCGGGCUGGGUUUUAUUACACUGGUGUGCAAGAUAAAGUUAAGUGCUUCAGUUGUGGCUUAACAUUGGACAACUGGCAACCAGGAGAUAAUGCUAUGGAAAGACACAAACAGCUGUAUCCUAGCUGCAGUUUUAUACAAAGCAUGCUUUCAGUUAACAACCUUGGAGUGCCCUCUCAUUCUACCUUUUCGUCUCCAGUUGUAAACAGUCUCUUGCCAUCUCUACAUUCCAUGACACUUUCUCAAGGUUCAGAACAAGUUGGAUAUUUCAGUGGCUCUUUUUUCAGUUUUCCUCAAGACCCAGUAACUGCUAGGGCAGUUGAAGAUCUUUCAUUCUUGAGACCUAAGUUUCACAAUCCUCACAUGAGUACAGAAGAUGCUAGGCUACGCACUUUUCACUCAUGGCCACUGACGUUUAUCUCACCUGCUGAUCUGGCAAGGGCUGGACUUUACUACCUGGGGACAGCAGACAAAGUUGCUUGUUUCAGCUGUGGUGGUCAGCUGAGUAACUGGGAACCAAAAGAUAAUGCUAUGUCAGAACAUCGGAGACAUUUUCCUAACUGCCAUUUUUUGGAGAGCCUCACCAGAGACCAGCAAAGUUUCAAUGUUUCAAACGUGAGCAUGCAAACUCAUGAAGCGCGUGUUAAAACAUUCAUAAAUUGGCCAACUAGAAUUCUAGUUCAGCCUGAACAGCUUGCAGAUGCUGGUUUCUACUAUGUAGGCCACAAUGAUGAUGUCAGGUGUUUUUGCUGUGAUGGUGGUUUAAGGUGCUGGGAAUCUGGAGAUGAUCCAUGGAUUGAGCAUGCAAAGUGGUUUCCAAGAUGUGAGUAUCUGCUUCGUGUAAAAGGAGGAGAGUUUGUAAGACAAAUUCAGGCCAGGUUCCCCCAUCUUCUUGAACAGCUCUUGUUAACCUCUGUAGAUGAAAACGCUCAUCCCCCAAUUUUUCAUUUUGAACCUGGAGAGAGUCAUUCAGAAGAUGUAAUCAUGAUGAACACACCUGUGGUUAAAACUGCGUUGGAGAUGGGAUUCUGUAGAAGGCUAAUAAAGCAGACAGUGCAAAGCAAAAUCUUGGCCACUGGGGAAAACUACAAGGAUAUUCAUGAUCUUGUGUCUGAUCUGCUCACUGCUGAACAUGAAGAGAGGGAAGAAGAGAAAGAGAAACAAUCUGAAGAAGUGGCAUCAGAUGAUUUGUCCUUAAUCCGGAAGAACCGAAUGGCUUUAUUCCAACGUUUAACAUGUGUACUUCCAAUCCUCGAGAGUUUGCUGUCAGCCAAAGUGAUCACAGAACUUACGCAUGAUGUUAUUAAGCAAAAGACUCAGACAGCACUGCAGGCAAGGGAACUGAUAGAUACAGUUUUAGUGAAAGGAAAUGAAGCAGCCAGCAUAUUCAGAAACUGUCUACAAGAUUGUGACCCCAUACUGUACCAAGAUUUAUUUGUGGAGAAGAACUUGAAGUAUAUUCCCGCAGAAGAUGCUUCAGGUUUACCUAUGGAAGAGCAAUUAAGAAGACUGCAGGAGGAAAGAACAUGUAAAGUUUGCAUGGACAGGGAAGUUUCCAUUGUUUUUAUUCCAUGUGGUCACUUAGUGGUAUGCAAACAUUGUGCACCAUCCCUUAGAAAAUGCCCUAUCUGCAGGGGGACAAUAAAGGGUACAGUUCGUACGUUCCUUUCAUAAAGAGGGAAACUUCCAAAAUGUCUUCGGUAGUGUUAUCUUCCAGCUGCUGAAGCUUAAGCCAGCAGUGUCCUAAGAAUGGAAAAUUGUGAUACAGAAGACGAUUAAUCAACUACCUAACACUGUUGCGUAAUAGUAAACUGUAUCACCAUUAUGGGGAUACCAGCCCAUCCUUGCCAAAGACUUUCUGUUCAUAAAGCUAGCUCAGUACUCAGGUGAAGUUUGUGUAACUUUCCUUUUUAAGGAAAGCAGUUUCACUCAUGUGCCCUUGUGUCACUUUGAAUAAAAAAAAUUCUGGAUCUUAAAAUUGAGCCUGGUGUAACUCAUGAGUUUCCUCCAUGUGGAUGUGAGGAAAUACAUUAAGAUUGCUGUUUAUUAAUAAUUAAUAUUGAUUAACUUCAGUUACUGCUUUGGCUUCUGUUUUGGCUUUAUUGUGGACUUGAG